AUGGAGCAAUACUCGAAACCAACACGAUUAGUCCCAUUACAACUGUAUUCGCCAUUUCAAUCAACAGCUCCUUUCCGCAGAUUGAUUUCAAGAGAUCAAGAAAGGCUAAGAGCUAAAUCUUUUAAAACUUCGAAUGAUAAUACCAAUAAAAACCAAAAUCGAGGAGAUAAUGUAAUGAGUUUUACUAGGCUUUACAGUCAGCCUGCAGUUAUUUUUACUUCUCUUCAUGAGCGGCAAAUAUUAGGAAGAAUCCGCAAGCCAAAAAACUUGCCUCCGUUAACUCGGAAACACUAUACCAGCAGACUUUCGAAAACAACUGAAAUUCAAGAAAAAGAAAAGCAAGCAUUUUCGCUUGAAUUGUCAGGAUACAGCAAUAGGUCUGAUAUCGUUGACUAUAAAUCUAUUGGAGCGGAUACAACAAAAAGUGAAAACCCAAUAGAGUUCUAUAAAGAUGCACAUCUAAUUGAAGAAAUUGCAGAAAAUCAAGAAUCUGAACUGGUGAUUGAGAAGCCAGAAAACUUUCACCCAGUUAUAACGACAGUAGAAAAAUUUAAAAAUAAAGAAAUUGCUGUUAAUGAACUUAGAUUAGAUUAUUCGAUGGGUAUUUAGAGUCCACUUCUCUUUGGUGGCAUUCUGCGCGGCACUAGCUGCCUGGCCGCACAGUCGAAUUGGGUUGGCAACUCUAAGCCCAGGUUGGAAUCCCUGGCUUAUCGAUAGUGCUAUUGCCCUAUUGGAUUAAAGAAUUUCCAACUUAGUCCCUUUGACUAGCCUAUCACCCUUGGCCGGUAUCACUCUCUUUGAGCCGGAGAGGCUGCCUUGUUGUCAUGCCUGCCUUCCUUUUUCAAAGUCAAUCCUGAAGAAAAUUCAACCGCUCCUGCGAUUCGGGGCAGACCACUCUUUCAGCUUGAUAAGGCAAUCCACUUUACUCCAUUUCGAGCAUGUCCGCUGGCUCAGAUGCUAUAGCAAAAAAAAUUAUGAGUAACUGCCUAUUUGAUCAGGCCACAAUCCAGCAGAUUUGUGCUUAAGUCCCUCACUACAGGACAGCAGAUAUUUUGGACAAACUCCCGACUCUAAAAACCAUUCCCGGAUAUACAUGGGUUACCGUCACACAAGAGGGCCGUCAGACGUCAUCGUCAUUUUAUAUAUAUGCUGUUAACAACCUCAACCAGCUUAGGGAAAAUGAAGAUAAAGAAAUUGAAGAAGAGUUCAAAGCAUUAAAAAAUCUGGAAAAUACAAAACAAGAAGACAAAAAGCUUGAAGAUGAUCAGGAAAAAAAUAAAGUAGAAGAAGUUGUGAUUCCAAAGCUUAAUAUUCCUACUGAAACGAAUUAUCUGGAAAGUGAAGACUCAGCAAGGAGAACUCCUAUAUCGAUACCAAAUAUUCAGAUUUUUGAGGAACAAAUAGAAGCGCAUAACAUAGCAGAAAAUUCUUGUCUGACUUAUGAAAUACCAGGAAUAAUAUUAAAGCUGAAUUCAGCUAUAAUUAAUGUUGAGGGGGUUGAUUUUGAUUUAAAACUCCCUCUUUCUUUACUGAAGCAUGUAGUCUUUGGAACCGAUCUUGAUAUCAUCACCAACGUCACAAUUAGUGUUUUUAUAGGAAAUAAUCAGCUAACUUUUAUGAAAAAAGAAAAUUACUCCACAUCAUUCGCAGAAAUUUCUGAGAAAUAUUCACAAAUUCUGUUUCACUCAGACUUUCAAAGAGCAUUUCUACUAUUAAAGCCAAAUGCUGUUAAAAGGAGAGUUAUAGGACAGACAAUUAAAAAGCUAGAAUCUGCUGGACUAAGUAUAAAAGCGAAUAAAAUAAUAAAACCGAGCAAAGAACUUGUAGAAGAGUUUUAUAAAGAUUUAAGCCAAAACGAAAAUUAUAAAAAAAUAGUUGAAGAGUUAAUUGAAGGCCCAGCUGUUAUUAUGUGUUGGGAAGGAUCAAAUGCAUUAGCGGCGUGCAAAAAAAUAAUAAAAUCUAUAGAUGAUAAGCUAUCUCCUGAUUCCCCUGUGAAAUCAAGCAUUUAUUAUCCAGAAAAUACAAAAGAUACUGAAAAACAGCUAAAUCUGUGAUUUUCUGAGGAAGAGAGAAACAGUUGGGAUUAUCAUAAAACCCCAGUAAUAAUAAAAACAAAGCAAACAGGCCACAUUUGGAAAAUAAGCCUACCAACUGUUGAAGUAUAUGCAGUUGGCGUCAGUGCUAUUCGUCCAAUCCCUCUUGGUCUUUUAAAGCAAAUGAUUGAAGCCAAUUUUAACGAAUGAAACGAAAAAUGAUUGAAUUAUUUCAAGCUACAUGAAUUAGAAGAAAAAUCUCUUCGCGCAAGAAGAUCAGGGACGGAUACAAGCUCCCUUAAAGCUAAUACAGUUCAAAACGAAAAAACAGUGAUUUUAUCAUUAAAUGCGCCUGAAGUUAUAUUGAAAAAUAAUGAAAUUGAAGCUAAAUAUUCAUACAAAAUUGAAGAUAUCGCUUCACUUCUUGCACUUUUUGAGAAAAAUAGAGAAAAAUUUUUACUCUCCCUCCGUGAUUGAACAAAACCAUGAGAAAAAUCCCUAUUUUUCUUCCCAAAAACCCAUCCUCCGUGAGCGAACAAAAACGAAAAAAAAUUUGAUAUAUAAAUGAUAAUUAUUAUAACGAAAUCUCUGAUUAUUAAAUUUAAACAGCUAGUGCUUUAAAAUAUAAAUUUCGCAAAAAUAAAUUAAUUUUUGCUUCUCAAUUUUUAAAUUUUGAAAAAAAAAAUUCUAUAAAAUUUAUAUAUAAAUUUUUAAAAAAAAUUAUUAGCCCACUCCAUGAGCGAGUAAAAUUUUUUUGUUCGCUCACGGAGGGUGGAGUUAGAAAAUUUAGUGAUUGGGUGUAAAAUUUCAAGCUUAGAGGUAAGGAAGAAAAAAGUUUGGAAACUGAAGCUCGUAAUAGAUAGCUUUGAGUUUUUAGGGAAUAAUGAUAAUAAACUUGAGCCUUGCAAAGCAGACGUCAUGAUUGAUGGGACUACUUAUAAUUGCCAGUUCAUCAUGCCUACUGUUGAUAUUUAUGAUCCAGAAACUAAAAAACAAGAUUAUAUAAUCUUGGAUAGCGAAAUUUGUGAGAAGCUUGUGAUAUCGCAUUAUGAAAAUUGGGAACUUGUAUGUCUAGAAUUUUUUGAUAAUAAAUUUAGGCAGACUAAUAGUUAA